UCUAACCAUCAAGCCAACGGAGGCCGGCUGUUGGGACAGCGAGUAACCAAUCCACCCCACACGACUCCAUUUCCAUCUCCACCCUCCAUGACUGACGUGCGGGGGCGGAGACAAGUUUUUUCGAUUCCCUCGUGGAGGCGGGCCUGUCCCGUCUUCUCCUUCCCACACGGACCGCUCGGUGAUCUUCGUGUAACGACGAAGUUCAUCACCAGGACUCGGGUGCAGUCAUCGUUUUAACCUGCAUUUGCGAGCCUUUUGAAAAUGUGAAGAAAAUGGCCGGGACUAGCUGUAGUCCUCCUGCUAGGUCCUGCCUCUACUGAAAAAGUCUGCCAUCAUUGGACCUUUGGGUUCUCGUCUGGUGUGAGGAUUGAGUGGUGGAGAUGAUCCGCUUGAGCUCUGAUUGGGUGGAGAUCCUGGAGCCACGCUCCCGUGAGCGCAUGUAUGUGAACUUGACUACUGGGGAGUGCGGCUGGGAUCCUCCUCUAGGUGCUCCUGUUCGCCAGGCAGAUGGUAACCAGUGGUGGGAGCUCUUUGACUCCCAAAGUGGCCGCUUUUACUACUACAACUCUACAGGGCGCCGCACAGUCUGGCAUCGGCCACAAGGAGCAGAUAUAGUGCCCCUCUCACAGCUUCAAGCUAUGAAGCGCUGUAGUGAGGCCAAGCGAGCGGGAGUGGCUGUGGAGAGGGAGCAGCAGCAUGUGACCACAGGGAGUAUCACCAGUGUGGGGAGUCAGGGUCAAUCCACCGCUCUGCCUCAACAUGAUGGAGACAACCCUGAGAAAACCGAGGUGACUUCUAAACUAGAGCUGGACCCAGGAGUGGAUGUCAGGUCACAGGCAGACGGAUCCAGCAGCGAAAACAAAGAACCACAGAGAGAUGCCCCUCAAAGAUGGCAGCCUACACCUGGUUCUAAGGCAGCAAUGUUGGUAAAGGUGAACAGCAUGAAUCGGAGCCAGCCAACCCCAGUUUCACAGCAGGAGCUCAUACAGCACAGUGCACUCAACAAAGCCAGCACCUUUACACUACACCCGUCCAACAAUAAGGCCCAUGGGGGAUGCUUAGACUCCACCCAGGGCCAUGAAACAACGCCCUGUGGCAAAAUGGCAGCUGACGCACGCCACGCCCAUCACCUAAGAAAAGCCAGUAAUGGCAGUUUUUGUUUAGUGACAUCAGACAGUAGUCAACCCAGUCCACUCCUUCAUAGAUCACAGAGUAGUACACCACGCCCAGCCUCCCCCCAGUAUGCUUGCAGUGCCCCAAUCUAUGACGAGCCAGUUACAGACUGUCCUAUAUAUGAUGAACCCCCAAUAGACAUGGAGGUAGAAGGAGCACACCUUUUCAAUGGGCAACAACUGUCUCUCCUGACUCCAUCCCAUAGUCUCCAGAAACCAAGACUUCUCCAACAUCCCGUUCCAUCUCUUCCAGCUCGCAGGCACAGGAGAAACCCUUCUGCCUCUGACUACAGCCCAGCUGGUCUAGAGUGCAUCAAACAUAUGAUCAAUGUUGACCCCAAGCAGCUCCUAUCAGGCUCCCCCGUACCGCCGACAUCCCGGCAAGAUCUUGUCCCAAUACAGCCUCAGUCACAGGCUCUCUCUUUGCCCCAAGUUCAAGGCCAGUUACGGGACAGAGAAGCAGGGAUCCCUGGCCCAAGUACACUGGAUAAAAAGCAGAGUUGGCGAGUCCUUGAGGCCACAGUACAGCGUGCUAUGGAGGCACGACACAGUAGGCAAAGCAGCCAAGCAUCUCAGGACUUCGCCUCCUUGACACCUCAGGCAAGUGCAAACUAUCAAGAUUCUGGUUACUCUACUGGCCCCUCUCCGAGUCUAAGAAGAAAGAGUAGGAGAAGGAUGGGUACCGGUGGAGGUGCAGGAGGCAGGCCUGGGUCAGUAGGCAGCAGUGGAGAGCUGUGUGCUCUCAAUGAGAGGUUGAUGGCCGAGAUGAGGGAAGUGGUGAGUCGCUCCAACACCAUGAGGGAGGUAAGAGUGGGACUCGAACAGGAGAUAGGUGACAGGGUAGUUGUAUCUCGGACACGCUCCCCCGUCGACUCAAUAAGGUGGUAUGGAGGAGGAGGAGGAAGGGGUGUGUCAGUCGGCAGGUGCCCAUCUCGAGAGGACAUCACUGGGACUUCCCGCUCGCUGACUAAGGCAGGCAAUGCUCCUCUGACUGCUCUAGAGAUACCAGCGAGACAAAAAAGGACAUAUGAAAAAGUUGAUGCUUUGGAGAUGAGUAUUAAUAGCCAAGCCAGCCUAUCUUCACCUGAGACUCCAGGCCUACCCUCCCAGGUGAGCACCCUUGAACUACAGGCUCAGCUGGAGAGCAGAAAGAAAGACGUGGUAGAUGGACGCAGCGCAUCCCUUGGCCCACACCGACCUGUCACCCGUGACAACAGAGAAGGAUCUGAAGGAGCAAAAGCGGCAGAAACUUCUUACCAGUUUUCCUACGCCACCCUGCGACAGCCACCACCGCCAGAUGUCGGAAUGGAGGACUGGGCCAGCAAGCACCUCAACAUGCACACACAAGGCCUGUUCCGGCGUCGUGUCUCCAUUGCCAACAUGCUGUCUUGGAACCGAGGAUCCAUCAAAAAGCCCAUGCUCGUCACAAGCAAUCGUGCUGUCAGAAAGGAGGCUUGCGAGAUGUUCAAGCUGGUCCAGGCCUACAUGGGAGAUCGGCCCUCACGUCUAGACCGCCGUCACUGUGCCCUUCUCAUUGUCACCAAGUGCUGGGACAUGCAAGGACUGCGGGAUGAGUUGUACGUGCAGCUAGUGAGGCAAACUACAGGAAAUGCAAGCCCCAGCAGCUUGGCAGCAGGUUGGGAACUGAUGGCCGUCAGCUUGGCCUUCUUUGCCCCAUCGCCCAAGUUCCGCUGUUACCUGGAAGGCUACAUCCAGAGACACACGGAGCCAAGCAGCGACAAGAAAUGUGAGUCUCAGACUGACAAACAGGUGACUCAGUUCAUAUUGGAACAGCAGGAACUGAAGCUAAAGAAAAAUUCAAAAUCAAGGAAGAAGCGAAAACAAAACACAGAUGAGGAAGAAGGCCUGCCCGUCAGCACAUACGCUAAAUUCUGCCAUCGGAAACUGCAAAAGGUGGCCAUCACGGGAGGGAAAAAGGGGCUACGUAAGCCCACCUUGGAAGAGGUCGACCUUAGUCGACGGGCCAUCAUCACCCCCUCCCUGUUUGGUAGCUCCUUGGAGGAAGUCAUGGAGCGUCAGAGUGAGCUCUUCCCAGACAGGAAAUUACCCUGGGUGCAAGUUCAACUUUCCCAAUAUGUUCUGGCUCUGGGCGGGGCUGAGACAGAGGGCAUCUUCAGAGUCCCCGGGGACAUCGAUGAAGUCAACGCACUGAAGCUGCAAGUAGACCAGUGGCGCAUCCCCGAGAACCUGUCAGACCCAAAUGUACCUGCCUCUCUGAUGAAGCUGUGGUAUCGAGAGCUGGAGGAACCUCUCAUCCCCAUGAAUUUCUAUAAACAGUGCGUUAACAACUGUGACGACCCAGUUGCGGCCAUUGCCGUGGUUCAGUCUUUGCCUGAGCUCAACCGGCUGGUGCUGUUCUACUUCAUCCACUUCCUGCAGGUGUUUGCCCAACCAUCUAACGUAGCGAUCACCAAGAUGGAUGUGAACAACCUGGCCAUGGUGAUGGCCCCAAAUUGCCUCCGGUGCCAAUCAGACGACCCCCGGAUUAUCUUUGAGAACACACGUAAAGAGAUGUCCUUCCUGAGAAUGCUCAUAGUUCACCUGGACACGGAUUGCGUCGACGGAGUGGUGUAGACUCUCAGAGUAUCUCUGCAGAUUACACUGGAAACUGGCGGCAUGGGAUAUGACACCUCACCGGGGGACAAAACAAAUCACCGGAGGGUUCAUUUGGUCAAAUGAUACUAAACUAUACAGUUUAUUCUAAGAAACUUACAACUGAGCCAUCUUUGGUGACAUAUUUUUAACUCGUGGACGUUAUGACCACUUAACUCCUUCUUCUCCCGAAAAUAGUGUACAACAAAGUAUAAGACUAUACAGAAUGUACAAAUAUUCAUUAAUGGCUGAUGCUCUGCUGAUGUUUAUGCUCCGUCGUGUGUGUGUGUGUGUGUGUGUGUGUGUGUGUGUGUGUGUGUGUGUGUGUGUGUGUGUGUGUGUGUGUGUGUGUGGUGUGUGUGUGUGUGUGUGUGUGUGUGUGUGUGUGUGAUCAUAAGCGUGGGACACUGAUUGUGCGGAGAUUUACAUUGAAAAUACAAAGAGCGUCUGUAGUAUGCUUUUGUUCUUUUCUGAUCACUGGCCUAUUUUACAGGAUUUUGAGUACAGCAUACACAUUUCAAAGCACAAAGUGUCGUUACUGAGUGUUGCUGAUUUUCUUUAAACACAUUUGGAAGUGCUUAGAUUUCUGACCUUUACUGUUCAUUUGAGUGCAAACAGAUUUGUGUAUUUGCAUCAUGUCUUUGUGAAGUGGGAGAUGGUUUAUUUAACAAUAAUCACCGUAUAAUCUAUAAAAGUUAUUUCCGUUGGACCUCUGUUCUAUAUUCUUGUGGUCUGUGUGUUGUGGCUCAGGUUUUACUGCGGGAAAAAAAUAAACAGGUGUUAGUUGGGAUUACUGUACUGUAACAGCCUCCCCACAGUCCAAAUGCAUCAUCCUUGUCGAAUCCCUUUACCGAGAAUGGACUCUUGUUCAAUUGUCAAGCAUUAUGAGAAUGUAGAUAAAGCUCGAGUCCUCUCUGACUGUUCUCAUGUAUAUAUCGUGUGUAAAUAGUAUUAACACUUUAUUUGAAUGACGAGGGAUAAGCGUGGGAGUUGCUCCAAUGAGCAAUGAAAAGUUUUUGUAAUUAUUUUGUUCUGCUGUAACCACCUGCCUUUUGGACAUAGAACUGACUCAAACCACGCGUCUGUAUGUGCGUUUAUUGUGUAUCUCCUUGUUUGACUAUAGAACAAUUGUCCAUAAAUAAAGGUUUGUUUAAUUGUA